GGAAGAUCCAUCAUUCAUUGUGGCAUCCUGAAAACCCCCGUGAAGCCUCGAUCUCAUUUCUCUUUCAAUUAAGUUGGAUCUGCCCGAGAGGUCGCCGUACGACCCACCCUCAAGGUAACACAAUGUCGACGGUUGCCAUUCCGACUGCCUACACAGUCAAAAGCAGCAUCAGAAGCCAAGGCCGAUCGGUGCUGAUCAAGAGCCCUUGCUCACUGAGCUGCUCAAAGAGCAUCUCAAAAACAUCCUGUCUGAAGAUAUCCAACCAUUUCAGGGCAUCUGCAAUGGCUGUUUACAAGGUGAAGCUCAUUGGACCAGAGGGGCAGGAGCACGAGUUUGAUGCUCCGGAUGACGCCUACAUUCUGGACUCUGCUGAGGCCGUAGGAGUGGAGCUGCCUUACUCAUGCAGGGCAGGGGCAUGUUGCACGUGUGCUGGCCGCAUGGAGUCCGGUGAAGUCGACCAGUCCGAUGGAUCCUUCCUCGAUGAAUCGCAGAUACAAAAGGGUUAUCUCCUGACUUGUGUCUCCUAUCCGAGAGCAGACUGCGUCAUUCACACUCACAAGGAAAAUGAGCUUUUCUGAUUACUGUGGAUUUGCAUGGGCUUUUGGUUGAACUGUAUCUGAAUUGACAUCCUUCAAAAUUGGCAAUUAUCAGGGGUUUUGUUGUUGGUUUUGCGUUCAAGAUAAAACUCUGGUUUAUUGGUGGGAGCAUUUUUAGAAUAUGAUGAUAUCUAAAUAAAUUGGAUCGAUGUGUGGCCCGCGGUCACAUGAAUUGUAUAUUAGGAAAAUUUAUUUCAAGCUUUUGACAGAACAAA